AUGCCUAGCAAAACCAAGAUUCUGAAUUAUAUGAGACCAGCAAUGGCCAUAAUUCCAGAUGUGGCUGAACCUGAAAGAAGAGUAUAUAAUUAUUCAUAUAUAAAAUUAGAUUUUGUUCAAAUAUAGAGCUUUGUGGACUGCUAUUGCAACUCUAUUGUAUUUAAUUUGUUCAUAAAUUCCACUUUAUGGUAUUUACAAAGCAUCUGCUGGAGAUCCCUUUUAUUGGUUAAGAGUCAUAUUGGCAUCAAAUAGAGGAACAUUGAUGGAAUUAGGUAUUUCACCAAUGGUUACAGCAUCUAUGAUUAUGUAAUUAUUAGCAGGUGCAAAAUUAAUUGAUGUUGAUUAGAAUGUAAAGGAAGAUAAGCAACUUUAUUCAGGAGCAUAAAAAUUAUUAGGAAUCUUAAUUGCUUUUGGUGAAGCAUUUGCAUAUGUUUGGUCUGGAAUGUAUGGUGAUUUAGAUAAAUUGGGAGCAGGCAAUGCUAUUUUGAUAAUCAUUCAAUUAGUCUUCUCAGCUAUUGUUAUGAUCAUGAUAGAUGAAUUAUUAUCUAAAGGAUAUGGUAUUGGAAAUUCAGGAACAUCAUUAUUUAUUGCUAUUAAUAUUUGCGAGAAUAUUAUGUGGAAAGCAUUCUCUCCAAUAACACAUAGAACUGAAAUUGGUUUGGAAUAUGAGGGAGCAAUUAUUGCACUCUUUCAUGGAUUAUUUAUUAGAGAUGAUAAGAUAACUGCUAUCUAAUCAGCUAUCAUGAGAGAUUCAUUGCCUAAUCUUACUAAUUUAUUAGCAACUGUCUUAGUUUUCAUGAUUGUUAUCUAUUUCUAAGGAUUUAAAGUGGAUAUUCCAAUCAAAAAUAAUAAAGUCAGAGGAGGAUUAACAUCUUAUCCAAUUAAAUUGUUCUAUACAUCUAAUAUUCCAAUUAUACUCUAAACUGCUUUAGUUUCUAAUCUUUACUUCCUUUCAUAAAUCUUAUAUAGAAAUUUCAGAGGUAAUUUCUUAAUUAGAUUACUUGGUUAUUGGUAAGAAUUAGAAAAUGGAUAAACUGUUCCUAUUGGUGGAUUAGUUUAUUAUGUCUCACCUCCAAGAUCAAUUUCAGAAGCCAUCUUUGAUCCUAUUCAUACUGUUUUAUAUACUGCAUUCAUUCUAGGAACUUGUGCAGUUUUCUCUAAGACUUGGAUUGAUGUGUCUGGAUCAUCACCAAAAGAUGUAUUAAAAAUCUAUCUAAUUAUUUAUAGGUUGCCAAAUAACUCAAAGAAUAAGAUAUGUAAAUAGUUGGAUACAGAGAUUCUUCAAUGAAAGAUGUACUUAAAAGAUAUAUUCCUAUUGCUGCUUCUUUUGGUGGAAUGUGUAUUGGUGCUUUGACUAUAUUGGCUGAUUUCUUGGGUGCAAUUGGUUCAGGUAUUCUUUCUUUUUAACAUUUUUAGGAACUGGAAUACUUUUAUCAGUAACUAUUAUUUAUGGCUAUUUUGAAACUCUCAAAAAGGAAAAGGAGUAAGGUACCCUAGAAUUGUUUUGAUA